AAGCAGCAUCCCACGCAUCGUGUCGGAGAAGAGCGUGAAUAAGCGUUGCCUUUACGUUUUUGGGGGCGGACUUGUCCCUUUUACUGCAGCUUUUGUUGAGGUUGUCUAUAUUCUUGGCUCUUUUUGGAAUGGGGAACCUUUUCACUACUUUGGCUAUCUGACGGCUAUUCUUUUUGUCGUUGCUGUUAUUUGUGCUGAGGUUACUGUGGUUGUGACAUACUCGAUGUUGUCUGAAGAAGAUUACGAGUGGUGGUGGGUGAGUUUUAUGACAUCGGGCAGCUGUGGAUUUUACUUCUUUCUUUACAGCAUUGUCUAUUUGUUUGCAGCGCUUGAGAUACGUCAACUGCUAUCCAUGGCUUUGUACUGUAUCUAUAUGAUGGGUCUCUCCGUUGUUCUAUGCGUGGCCCUUGGGACUUUGGGUUUUCUUGCCUCUGCCCACUUUGUACGAACCAUCUAUGGCGCAAUCAAAGCGGACUAA